CCGGAACACACAUUACCAGUUGCUUCUCCCGAACUCUUCUUCAUCCUCUCCGUCUUUCCUUCCCCUGACCUCCUCCCAUCCACCCGCCCGCAACCGCAAGCAACCACCGAUCCAGUCCGUUCCGCCUCCCGGCGAAUGGUAGCGAACCAGGAGGCGGAGGCGGGAUCGCCGGGGGCAGGGACGACGGUGGACCCGAUGCGGCUGGCAUCGCGGUGGCGGUGCCCGACGGAGUGGGACCGCGCGGCGGCGGAGUUGGAUGCCGAGCCGCUCCCGUCCGAGCUCAACACCGUCAACAGCUCGGGCCUCUUCGCCGUCGUCUCCACCGACAAGUUGUCCGUCAGAUACCUUGGUAGCCAUAACCACGGCCACGACGUCGGGGUCGUGCAGGCCAACCGCCCCGCGCCCACGCGCCGGCCCGUGUACUACUUUGAGAUGGGGGUCAAGAACGCGGGCUACAAGGGGCAGACCUCAAUCGGGUUCACAACCGAUAGCUUCAAGAUGCGGCGACAACCGGGUUGGGAGUCUAACAGUUGUGGAUACCAUGGUGAUGAUGGCCACCUUUACCGAGGUCAGGGGAAAGGUGAAUCGUUCGGGCCCAAAUUUACAUCUGGUGACACAAUUGGUGCUGGCAUCAACUACUUGUCACAAGAACUUUUUUUCACGAAAAAUGGAUCUCUGGUUGGAGCCGUUCCAAAGGACCUCAAAGGCCCACUAUAUCCUACCGUUGCAGUUCAUAGUCAGGGUGAAGAGUUGACUGUAAACUUUGGAAAAGAACCGUUCUGUUUUGACAUUGAGGGUUAUAUUCUUGAAGAGAAAAUGAGGCAACAAUCGGUGACAGACAAAGUGAAGUUGGAAGAACCAAACAUCAGUCAUUGGAUUGUUCGUUCAUAUCUCCUACAUUAUGGCUACCAAGAUACAUUGAAUUCAUUUGAUUUGGCAAAUGCAACUGAUCCCCCUGCCAGUCGCCAAAAUGGUCAUAGGGAACCUCCCCCAGAAAUAUAUGGUCUUAGCCACAGAAAACUUUUGCGUCAGCUUAUCAUGAGUGGAGAUAUUGACACUACAUUCAAAAGACUCGGGGAGUGGUAUCCACAAGUUAUAAAGGAUGAGAAAUCGGUUAUUUGCUUCUUACUCCAUUCUCAGAGAUUCAUAGAAUAUAUCAGGGCUGAACAACUGGAGGAUGCUGUGAAAUAUGCUCGUGCUAACCUGGCAAGCUUCUUGACUCACAAAGCUUUUGAGGGGUUGCUGAAGGAGAGUGUGGCCCUGCUUGCGUAUGAGAAGCCUGCAGAAUCAUGCAUUGGAUACCUGCUGGACGCUCCCCAGCGUGAAUUCGUGGCGGACGCAGUGAACGCAGCUGUCCUGUCAACGAACCCUGCCAUGAAGGACCCUGAGAGCUGUCUUUACUCAUGUCUCGAGAGGUUACUACGGCAGCUCACAGUAUGUAGCUUUGAGCGACGCACAUUCAACAACGACCAAGGAGAUGCAUUCCUACUUCACAAAGAAGUGCGCAGCUGUGAAAGGUCGAGGCGCUGAUAGGCACAGCUGAGAAUCUGACUCAGAUGUUAGACUCCAACUGCUGUUUGGAGGACCAAGGAUCACCUCGUUCGGAGUGGGUUGACUCAUGGCAACAGCAAGCACAGAUUCCUUCCCUUUGAAGGUCUGCAGCCUCCCUGGGCUUCCUGAAUUCCCAUAGGUGUGCGCCGAAUUGCACAGAGCUCAGACGCUUUGGAAGGAGCUUCCUUCCUGUAAUCAGAAAACAAACAAACAUUCAGAUUCGGCCAACGUCGCUGUUACCAUAAUUUGUUGGUUGGCUAAUGUAUUGUUUGACAUUGUGAAUGCUAAAAACGCUUCAAUACAUGUCCUUCGCCCCUGUAGACCUUGGUUUCU